CCAAGAUGGCCGAAAAACAAGGAARGGAAGGAAGAGAAACUUUAGCAUUAGACUCRGAAAAACAGAAAGAAUUUGAAGAGAAGGUUGGAAAAAUUAAACCUAAGGACAAGAGUGAAGAGCUCACACCUGGAGUAAUAUACUUGGGACAUAUUCCCCAUGGUUUUUAUGAAAACGAAAUACGUGAGUUCUUUCAGCAGUUUGGGUCAGUAAAUCGAGUCAGACUCUCUAGAAGUAAAAAGACUGCAAGAUCAAAAGGAUAUGCAUUUGUCGAGUUCGACUGUGAUGAAGUGGCAAAAAUUGCAGCAGAAACAAUGGAUAAUUAUCUUAUGUUUGGAAGAGUAUUGAAAUGUAAAGUUGUAUCACCAGAUAAAAUCCAUCCUAGACUAUGGCAAGGCUCAAAUAGAAGAUUUCGCCAUGUGCCAAGGAAUGAAAAUGAAAUUAAAAGACAAAACAAGGACAAAACACAAGAGGAAUAUGAAAAGAAUGUCAGUAAUUUGCUCAAGAAAGAAAGCAAAAAGAGAAAGAAAUUAGAGAAACUUGGUAUAUCAUACAACUUCCCAGGAUUUAAAAAGGAGGCAAAAGGAACACAACCUAAGCACAAGAGAUUUAAAAGUUCUUAACAUUAGAAUAAUAAUAUUACUUAAUCAACCACUGUACAGCAAUAUCAUGAAUUUUGGAUUUGAAAACCCCCGUCACUUCAUCAAUGCAUUGAUAAUGUACUACAGUAUAUCAUUUUACAACCUGUGGUUAUGCAAGCAAUGUAAAAUGUAUAAAAAACAUUUUUUCAUGAUAUCACUAGAUUCAAAUUCAGAUGGAAUAAAAAUAACUCAACUAUCAUA